AACUCCUUUUCUUCUACCUUGCGGGGUGCGACAUUUUCUUUUGAGUUUUGGAGAACUUUUCCUACCCUAAUUUCUCUGCCUUCCAGCAGCCCAGCCUUUGAUAAUCGUCCGCUCCGUCGCUCCGUCGCAGCACCUCUUGCCAGCAGCCACGAUCAACAUUGCACUGAGGGAGAGAUGCCGGUGAUGCAGAAGCUGAGGAUGUUUGUAGUGCAAGAGCCAGUCGUCGCAGCUUCUUGCCUCAUUGCUGGCGUCGGCCUGUUUCUUCCAGCAGUUGUUAGGCCCAUCCUUGACUCCUUUGAAGCAUCUAAACAAGUUCCCCAGCCCGCUUUAAGUGAUGUGGUUGCGGGUAUGACUGGAAAGAAACAAGGGUGAUGGUGUUUGUUGCCGACAAAAUCUCAAAUGCCCCCCCGCCUCCUUUGCACUUGAUUUUACUCUCAUCAGCAAUGUAAUAAGCCUGAUUGUCACAUAUUCGGGGUGAAUUAAAUGAUACUAUUAGCGUAUCAAAAUCUUCUUAUUGUGCAAGGCAUAUGAAUUAUGAAUGGCUAAGGUUCACUUGAACCCUAACUAAUGCAUUCUUACAUUCAACUUGAAAAUCUAGCAGUAUGUAUCUCUUCCUGCUACAUUUUUGUUUCAAUUUAUGAAUGAGAAAUGCUGUCUAAGA